AUGAACGAGGAGCUUCUCUCAGCCACAAGAGGUCUCUCCUUGUCACCUCGCAAGAGUCCACGUCCGGCUCUUCAAGCUUCUACAACAAAGCUUCUGGCCCUUUCGCCGAGCCCUCAUGCCUCUUGCAGCGGCAGACCUGCGCUGGCCACCUCGCCUCAUCAGAACGCGCCACAUCCCCCUUUCGGUGAUCGGAGCGAUCAGAACAGUGCAUCGAAGCUGGAGAGUCCUGCUGCUCGGGUCUCACCCUACUUCAACAUGCCGAGGGGUGUCAAGCGACCAAGGCGCGACCUGGAAGCAGCCGACAAGGCUAACGCCCACGUCAGCACUACGCUCAAUGGCUUACAUCCCCACGCUCUUUCCGGAGUCAACGCCCAUGACCCCAUCGUGAUCUCGGACGAUGAAGAGUGCCAGCCUUCAGUCCGCGUUUCCCCAUCCACCGAGAUACGCAGCCUCGCAAAGAAGUUCACAUACGAAAGCCCGAGCAAGGCAGCCUCACGCGAGAAAGCUGGCUCAAGCUCCAGCAAGCUCCAAGAAUUCAAGCCGGACCUACAGUCGGACUCACCGGUCUCAUUCAGUGCUGCUGCUCUCGCCAAGGAGCCGACUGCUUCCACCUCGAUCAGCAAACCGGCAUCGCGUUCCCCUAAACGACAGAAGGCGAGCAAGUCAAGCAUCCGUCCCACAGUUCAGCCCAAGAAGACCGUGAAGCUCGCCCAAGAGGCUGGUGUUUCGGCCCUUGAUCUCUCUGACUUGACAUCGGCUGCCUUUCGACUCUUGACUCGCUGUUCAUUUUGCGCAGCUGCCUUCACCAAGUCUGCCACGCCAAAGGCCAAGCAGGAGCACUUGUCGUUGUGCGCACCGCUUCAUUCGAUCAUCAAAAGCUCAACCGCUCUCGAGACGAUCACAUCCGACAUUCGCAGCGCCGUCGCCAGAGAGCAAGAUGCGAAACGAGACGCACAGGCCAAUCGCACCGUCUUCCAGGACGUCGUCAUGGACGCCGACUUGGUCAUGCACGAAGGACGAGCCAGCCAGAUCGAGGCUUCUUCCAAGAAGCGCGGCAGGGACUCCGUCAUGGUCAAAAAGGCCAUCAAACGAUCCACAAAGCCGCCCCUGCUUCUUUCCACCUCGAAAGAGACCGCAGCGAUCGGUUCAGUCACGCACACGGCUAGUUCGCGACUCCAGUCGCCUCGCAAGGCCGGCAUCGCUGCACGCGAUCUCGCAGACCACUUGUUCAGCGAGGAGAAAAACCCGUCGCUCCCUCCUGCUCAGGCCCACGAAGAGGACUCGGCCCCGGCGUUCGAUCCCACUGCAGUGCUGCCGGCCACGCCGGACAAGCGAGGAAGCAGUAGUAGUGCCAACUAUGAUCUUCCCAUGGUGUCUGCAGAGGAAGUGUUCGCCACGCUGACCUACACAAGUCCAAAGACUAGUCCCUUCAAGGCUCUGCAGAUCUCACGCCAAAAGCAAGCAUCGCGCGAUCAAGAGUUGAUGGCGCUGGGAAUUGGAAGCAAUUCCGUGCCAACAAGCCCUUGUCCGCCACCUACGCAGCCAUUUAUGCCCUCCAAGCUCGCCCUGCGCCGCCGAGGCCAGGACGCCAAAGUGUGCCCGAGCGUUUUUGACGCCGCAGCAACCAGUCGCUCGCUCUUGGAUCUCGUCUCUGACCAUCGAAUGGAAUCCGACGAUGCGAAAAACGAAGCCAAGCGCAAGGCGGCCCGGCUCGAUCCUCCGGACCUUGUCGCUCCAGCCAAGAAGGCGAAGGCUUCCAAGGCAGAGGACUACUGUGUGGCCGAUCUGAGACUCGAAGACAAACACGAUUCCGCGGUUGCAGAUCAAAGCUCUCGCGUCUCGCUCGCCGGCUCGCCCUCGUACGACAUGGACGUCGAUGCGAUGUCGACCGGAGACCAGCCAAGUCUCGAGUUUCCCGCGGACGAGGACCACAAGAUCGGUAAGCAUCAAGCACAAGCAUCCUCAUCCAUCCUUCAAGCUCCCGCAAAUCGUCGCUUCAAGACUGACACAAGUCCACCAACGUCUGCCAAUAUACCCCAGUGCGACGCAAUUGAUGAAUUCGUCGGCUCGCCUGCUCUUCAGCAGCAUGAUGAUCAGGGCAUAGCUGCUAGAGUGGAUGAAUACUCCAGCGAAGCGGAGGAAGAUGAUGCCGACGAUGACGAUGCGCAAUCGUUCCUUGAUCUGCUCGAGCCAUCCGAGCCGUACGAACCGCAUGCAAAGGCCUACUUCCCAAGCACUGUCUUUGCUGUCCAGGCACAUCCACAGACGCUCUCUCCAACUUCAUCGGAUGACACAGCGACUGUCACCUCGCCACCGUCUUCUGACAGGCGACGUCGAAUGCUCGUCGCUUCAGGUGGUGCCUCUGUCGGCUUUGUUCGGCGACGUGGACGGCAAGACUCGCCACACUUCGAUCAAGUCGCCUCCUCGGAUCCGAUGCAGGACCAGUCGAGCCCUGUGAUUGCCAUCCGAGCUGCUGAGAAAACGGCGGUGACGGAUUCUGAGCCCGAUAUCAACGGCGCAACAGACACCAGCUCAGCAAGCACACCGCAGCUUUAG